GAUUCGUCCAAUUUGUGAACAAGAAAAUCCCGAGUACCAUAAAAAAAAUAGAUGACAUAAAAAGCUUCACAGGAAAAAAGUUUAUAAUCGAUGGCACCUUCUUUAUAUACAAAUUUAUGUACGUAGCAUGGAAGCAUGUAAUUAAUGACAAAAAUCGUGAGAAGAGAUAUAAAGCCAAUGACUUGACGACACACAUUCUGGUCAGACAGUACAUGAUUAAAAAAAGCAUCGAGUUGCUGAAAAAUCAACAUGAGUAUUUUAAGUCCUUAAAAAUUAACACGCUUUAUAUUAUUGAAGACAUCGGGGCCAGGUAUGAAUUGCAGCCUCUGGAUUAUAAAUGUAAGAAGCAUGUGUGGAAAGAGAGAGAUUCUCUGAGGAAGAAGAAAAACCUCUUUGACAUUUUGAACGUAGACGCAUCCAAGGGAGGGGGAACGAGGAGUGGGUGUUCACCAAGUGGGUGUCCACCAAGUGGGGACUCUCCGAGUGGGUGUUCACCAAGUGGGUGUCCACCAUGUGGGGACUCUCCGAGUGGGUGUUCACCAAGUGGGUGUCCACCAUGUGGGGACUCUCCGAGUGCACAUUGUGCAAGCAGUGCGAAGGGAAGCGGCGAGAUAGGCCCAAGCGAAAACGCAAACCCCAAUGUGAAUCCCCCUAACAGCGCGAACAAACACUUUGGGGAAAACAAGAGCGCCAUCAGCAGCAUGAGCGAAGGCAAAAGCCAGAAGAAAUGCAAAAUGGAAAUCGUUGUGGACGAAGAUGGUAUUCACGAUUUGUUUAAAAAAAAUAUUUUUAUAAAAAUCAACUCCAAAACGGCCAACGAUAUUUAUAACUAUUUGUCCCUGGAGAAAAUACCAAUCUUUAUAACAAAAAAUGAUGCAGAGAAAGAAUGCGCAAUUCAGUGCUCGCACGAAAAAGACAUUGUCGUGUCAGACGAUAUGGAUGCAUUGGCAUUUGGAGCACCCAACUUAAUACGCUUCAUUAUGAAUAAAAAGAAAAGACAUAUAAUAAACAAAGAUGAACUGCUGAAUGAGUUAAACAUAAACUAUGAACAGUUCAUCGAUUUUUGCAUCCUUUCAGGGUGCGACUACAGCGCUAAAAUACCGGGCAUUGGGCCGGUGAAGGCGCACAAAAUUAUUAAGAAGUACAAAACGAUAGAGACCUUUUUGGAGUCCAGUGCUUUUAACAAGUAUAAAAAUUCCAAGCUGUUCGACCAGAAACUAAAUGGCAUAUCCAUGUCGCUUAACGACUACAUUGUUAACGAGUUUACAUACGAACAGGCACGCAAGGUAUUUUUCAACUCUUAUU